UUUGGGAUGCCAUGGAAGCUUUUGAUCUUGCUCUCUCAUCUUCAAAUCACAAUCGAAUGACUGUCGAGAUCUUACUAAUUAAGGCUAUUGCGCUUUUCAACUCAAGUCGCCACAAUGAAGCGAUACGACGGGUUCAAGAUUUAGCCGCCGCCUGUCAGUCCUCAGAGACACUUCAGUGCCACAUAGUCGAUUCAUACCUUCAUGUGCAACGCGCAAUGAUUGUUUUUGAGGGUUCCUACGUCCAACACUUUAUGAAUCUAUACCGGGUGAACUCAUGCAUAACUUGGAUGGGUUCAUGGGUACGUUCACGGAGUUCUUCGGCUGGGACUUCGGUUGGUUAUGGCAGACCGCCAACCAAAGACGUUGUGAAGCGUUUCUCUGUGCUGAUCGUGUGAUUGAAGCGGCUGGGUCUCAUCAGUAUAUGAUGCUCAUGAUUAGCGAGGCUGUGAAGCCCGUUUACCACGAAUGGUCUGCCGCCUUCAAGUACAAGUGUACUUCACGUUGUGUCACAAAGGGAGACGAAGCUGUUACUGCGAGCAAUUAUGAAAUGGCUGUUGAACUGUAUUCAGCAGGGAUAAGCCUGGACUCUUCAUGCGAGUCUCUUUUUGCGCGCCGAAGUAAGGCAAAUUUGACACGAAGGCUCUAUACAGAGGCCCUUGACGAUGCAGAAAAGGUCAUUGAACUCAACCAUUCGUCUUAUACUGUGUACAAAUUGAAGUAUGCAGUGCUUCAUGAAGUACAACGCUACGAUGAAGCGAUCAAGGCGUUAAAAAUCAUGCUUUUCAAGUUGGACAAUGCGAUUGACCCGGAGAUACGAGAGUUGCGUCAGCAAUAUGUCAGUCCAUCUGAAGCACAUGACGCCAUUCAAAGAGCUAUCCACAUUCAACUAGAAAAUGCCCCACUUCGUCUCAUCAACACCUUCACUGGGCGUUUGUGUGAUAGACAAACACAAAUCAACACCUUCAUUAAAAGCGAAAAAUACAAAGAAGUCUUAUCAUCAUUGAUGGCGCAUGCAACCCUCCAAACGGAGCUCAUCAAGGCCAUAGUCACGGAAUAUUUCAGUUGGGUAAUGUUAUCGCAUAGGUGGGAGAAUAAGGAGCCACGGCUGCACGACAUUCAGGACAAGGACGUGUACACCAUAAUGCCAUUCGGAACCAUAGCAAAACUGCAAACCUUCUGCAAAACCGCUCGUGACGCGGGGUAUCGCUGGGCGUGGAGCGAUACAUGUUGCAUCGACCAGAGCAACAAUUUUGAACUUCAAGAAUCAGUCAACUCCAUGUUUGUCUGGUACCGCCACUCAGCGCUCACAAUUAUCUACCUGGCAGAUGUUCUGCCUUGGUCGGAACCCGGGGCACUCGCAAAUAGCACUUGGAACACUCGGGGGUGGACUGUGCAGGAAUUCCUUGCUCCUCACACUGUUCGCUUUUAUCGAGAAGAUUGGACCUUGUAUCUCAAUGAUCGCUCUCCCAAUCACAAGACGUCUGUCGCUAUCAUGCAGGAGUUGGAGGAUUCAACAGGUAUAGAUGCACAAGCCCUCGUCGCCUUCCGCCCGGGCACGAGAGGCGCCCGAGAGAAACUUAGAUGGGCAUCCAGCCGUGUCACGACUUUACAAGAAGACAUCGCGUAUUCACUAUUUGGCAUCUUCCACGUCCAUCUCCCUGUGAUCUACGGCGAGAAGAGACAAAACGCGCUCGGACGACUCUUGCAGGAGAUUAUUGCGCAUUCAGGCGAUAUCACUCCCCUUGACUGGAUCGGAAAAGCAUCCGAGUUCAAUAGCUGUCUCCCAGCUGACAUUACAUCAUACAAAGCUCCGCCAUGUAUGUUGUCAUCUUUGCCCGAAGAUGAGAUGAACAUGUCUGUCUCCAUGCUGCGAAACACUGUGUCAGCGGAGUUGACUUCGAAAUUGUAUAUCCUCCUUGACAACCUCAGUGCUCCUCGUUUCGCACACUCCAGACUGCAGCUACCUUGCAUCGUAUUUCCAAUCACUGAACUUAGGCGGAAACGUGGUCCAGACCCGGAGACAUAUUUCACUUAUGACAUCAAGGCAGAUGGUCUUCAAGGCCUACUAAUCACCUCCGAAGACAAGUUGAUUCAGUUCUCGCCGACACGGCCCACUCAGCAGACAUUUUUGCUUGUCCGUCCAUGGAACCGUCAUGAUCUUGGGCUGCCUGACUUUGCGGAGCCUGAUUUUGCAGAUGAUGCACAGGAUGUGGACGAUUGGACUGAGCCUGUCUCUCGAACAGACAGAUCUGUCCGUGGUUCUCUUGUAGACUCUAAGCUAGCUGAUUCGGAGGCUCGCUUGCGAGAGUUGAGGUUGGUUGUUCGCCUUGGACAACCUUUUGGUGCGCUUUUGCUAGCGCAACAGCGUGGUGGGGAGUAUAAGAGAGUUGCUUCGGACCACCUUAUCAUUGCCAAGGUCAAGGACAUGGCUUCUAUUGACGACACGAUGGACAUUAGGGCGCUAGAGAUAUUGUAGUUUUGCAGUGUAUCUCCAAGC